AGGUCUUUGCGAUUGUUUUUAGUUCUGAAGUUUCAUCGAAGUUUUAAGCAACAGAGCUCUUCAAUAAGGCAUUCGCCCUCUCGCCAAGGAAAUAUUUUCUGGUUACAGCUGCUGCUGGUUUCAAUUUGGUGUCUUCUCUGCGAAAAUUGUGAUAAUGGAGGUUGAUGCACCGCAAACUCUACUAGAUGAUUGGAUGAGUGAUUGCCGGAGUAUUGGAAGCAAUCAUUAUCGGUCCAGUCAAUCUAGGAAGAUCUCCAUUGGAGUAAUGGUUGACUCAGUAGGCAAUAAAAGGUCUAGAUCUACAAAGGAAGAUAAGGCUACAGUGGCAAGUGCAGAAAGGAUGAAUCUUAAUGUUGAUACUUCCACAGAAAUAAAAAAGAAGGGGCAAGAAGUCACAGCUCCUGUCAAAGGGAAACAAACAGACACUCCGGAGCAGGAGAACUCCCCAUGGAUUACUCCAAGAUCACGUUAUCCGCAAGCACCUUUUCCAGAGCCUGUUCUUCAUUUAGAGCAACCAGUCACUAGUGGCCAGCAAAACAACCUUAACGGACAAAGUAAUGAACCAGCAACAUACUCGGUUCAGUUGUUUGUGAACAAGGCAUCAAUUUUAGAGUCUGGCGAUGGCAACCAGAAGAAGUUUGAUGGGUUUACCUACAAAAGGAAGGAAGUAAAGGACAGAAGCACAGAGAGGGUGGAGGAAUUUGCAUUUGCAACUGCACAACAAGUUCAUGUGUCUGACCAAGCCAUGACAGAGGAUAAAGCAGACAAAACAAGAAACAGGACUGGAAUUUUGAGAAUGAAGCUUUGGGAAAUACUUGGCAAUGUUUCUUCGCCUAAAAAUGAGAAUUCUAACUUUCAGAGACCUGAGGUUGGCACCAAUAAUAUGAAGCUGGGGCAGAAUUUUGAUCAGAAGGCUGUUACAGUUGCCAGGUGUAGACAGAAUUCAGAUACGAUAGAAACUGAUUCUGAAGCUUCUGAUCAUGCUAGCAGGAGACCAGUAACUCGUUCUUUGACGCGUAAAAGAGUGAGACAGAAAGUGCAAAUAAAUGGGACUAAAUGUGGUCCAUCCUCUGGUUACAUACACAAGCAUCGUGAGAAGAACUUCUCCUUGGAAGGAGGGUCGGGGAGAGUAAAUGGUGCUAUCAAUGGUGAUUCCUCAAAGCCUAUAAGGAAGAAGAUAGAGAAAAAGAGUAAAAGAAUUGAGCCCCGUAAGAUUUUGUUUCCUAAAAAGGAUGUUAUGGAUCAGAUUCAGGAAGCAAGUUAUAGAGGUGAAGCAAAAGUUCCUGCUGAGAGAAAAUUUUCACGUGGCAAUCAAAUGGAAGAUAUUUAUGGUUGCAUAUAUGAGGAUGAGAGAGAGUACCUUGGACUGGAGAAUAAAAUCCAAGAAAUUCUAGAUCAAUCACCAUUGACAGACAAGACUAAUCACCAGGAGGAUUUUAACAGUCCAGUAAAUCAACAAGACGUUGCUAGUCCAUCUUUAGAUAAUGAUGUGCAACCGCAAGAUAAUUUUCAAAGUCCUACAUUUGGAUUUAAAACACCCAUCUCAAGUUCUAACCCUACCUCAGCUCCUAAAACAGACCGACCAGUAGAUGACUCACAUACCUCAACUCCAAAAACGGACCAACUAUUACCUGGUGUUCACAAUCCUGCUCCAGCUGAGAGAAUAUUUACUGUGGGACAUAUCCGUGGCUUCAGUACUUUGCAGACUUCAAAAUCAGAUUGUUAUGGGUCAAUCACACAGGGUGACGCAGAGGUGCUUACCCCACCCCCGGAACCCAUGGCUGAUACUGAAGAGAGGGAUACAGAAGAUGACUUAUCUGAAACAUCAGCUGAAGAGAGGGACAAUGAGAGUUCAGAAGAGGGUUCACCCAUCAUUGAAGCAUAUACCGGUUGCAGAGAAAGAGAUAUAUUAUCUUCAGAACCUGUUGCUGCCAAGCAGAAAAAAUUCAUGCUUCAUUCAACUAAAAGGCUCCAGAUAUGUGAAAGCAUUGGAUUUGAUAAUAUCAGUCCUACCUCACCCUCUCCAAAAGGGACUGGAGAAAGUAAUUGGAUGCAAGAACCUUCAGAUCAGAGCCAAGACGAUGGACUGUUGAGGGCUAUCAAACUGUUUGCCUUGGAAAUACAAAAACUUCAAAGCAAAAUAAAGUCAGAGACCACUAAAAAAUCAUCUGAAAUCCUGAUGUCCACUUCUGAUGGGAUAUAUUUGCAGUUGCAGAACCUUGAGUCUCAUAUUCAGACAGAUGUAGGGAAGUUCACAAGCAUGAGUAAAUCGAGAAGAAAAGGAUUUGAAGUGAAACUUGAAGAGCAACAAAAAGAAUUGAAGUUGAUUCAUGAAAAAUUCAAAGAAGACAUUAACCGGCAUCUCCAGGACUACAGAAGCACAUUGGAAGGGCUGGAAGCACACCACCUAGAGCUUAAGGGGACCAUGAAGAAGCAAAAAGCAUCGCACCGGAAGCUUCUCUUGCAAGUUGAAGAAGGGGUUGAAGCACAACUUAACCAUGCUCAGAGAAGAAUCACAGCCAUCCAUGAGCUGGCAAGGGGUAAGAUGCUCCAAUUGAAACACGUGGUCUCUAUGUGUUUGAAGGAGGGUAUUCUAAGUUGAAAUGAUUCCUACUACUGCCAUCUAGGAAGACAGGGUUUUGAUCCUUUGCCUACAGUUGUGGAGUUCAUCGAUUUCUAAUGUGUUCCUGUAAGCCUAUUGCAUGUUAUAGGUAAUCAAUAUUGUCCUAAUAACUAUCUCAUGCUUACAAAUUUAUCUUAAUUUGAUCUCUCUACUGUUUCUCAGUUAUACUUACAGACAACUACAUUUUUCUCUGAA